UAUACCUAACAGUUCCCUGAAAAUGGAGCUGUCUCAGAAUGUAGUCUUUAUUGUUCUACUAAGCUUUUCAUGCGAGGGGUUAGACUGGGAACCUGACAGAAAUUUCAUUUCAGCUGCUGGUCCUCUAACUAAUGAUUUGCUGCACAACCCAAGCUAUCCACUGGGAAACCAGAGUUUGAAUUUUGUAGUUGGGGACAAGGACAUUUAUGUUUGUCACCAGCCACUGCCCUCUUUCCUGCCAGAAUACUUCAGCAAUCUUCAUGCCAGUAAGAUCACCCAUUAUAAAGUAUUUCUGUCAUGGGCACAACUUCUCCCAUCAGGAAGCUCCAAGAAUCCAGAUGAGAAAACAGUGCAUUGCUACCGACAACUCCUCAAGGCCCUCAGGACUUCGAAGCUUGAGCCCAUGGUUGUGCUGCACCACCAGACCCUACCCACCAGCCCUGUGCAGAGAAACGAAGGCUUUGCUGAUCUCUUUGCUGACUAUGCCACAUUUGCCUUCCACUCCUUUGGGGACCUAGUUGGGAUCUGGUUCACCUUUAGUAACUUGGAGAAAGUAAUGAUGGAUCUUCCUCACCAGGAAUCAAGAGCUUCGCGUCUCCAGACUGUCACUGAUGCCCACAAAAAGGCCUAUAAUAUUUACCAUGAAAAAUAUGCUUCUCAGGGCGGAAAGCUCUCUGUGGUCCUAAGAGUGGAAGAGAUCUCGGAGCUCCUGCUAGAACCAUCCACAUCUGCACUUGGCAAGGACUCCGUUGAUUUCCUAUCUCUUGAUUUGUCUUAUGAAUGCCAAAGUGUGGAGAGUCUACCACAGAAGUUGAAUAUAUUGCAGACCAUUGAACCAAAAGUGAAAGUUUUUAUCUUCACCCUAAAACUUCAGGACUGUCCCUCUACCAGGAAGAGUCCUGCCAGUCUGCUUUUUAGCCUUCUGGAAGCCAUAAAUAAAGACCAAGUGCUCACCAUUGGGUUUGAUGUUAAUGAGCUCCUGACCUGCUCAUCAAGUUCCAAGAAAAGCGUAUCUUGUUCUCUGACUGAAAGCCUGGCCCUUCAGACCGACCAGCAUCAGGACCAAGAGAUGGCAGUUGGGUCCUUGUACUCAGGCUCAGCCUACCAGAGAGUCUGGGAAACCUUUGCUAACCAGUCCCGGGCAGAAAGAGAUGCCUUCCUGCAGGAUGUUUUUCCAGAAGGCUUCCUCUGGGGUGUCUCCACAGGAGCCUUUAAUGUGGAAGGAGGCUGGGCUGAGGGUGGGAGAGGGGCUAGCAUUUGGGACCAAUACGGGCACCUGAAUGCCAUCAAUGGCCAGGCAACACCAAAGGUGGUCAGUGAUAGUUACCACAAGCCAGUCUCUGAUGUCGCCUUGCUCCGUGGCCUCCGGGCUCAAGUGUACAAGUUCUCCAUUUCCUGGUCCCGGAUCUUCCCCACUGGGCACAGGACCAGCCCCAACCUCCAAGGGGUUGCCUACUACAAUAAGCUGAUUGACAGCCUGCUGGACUCUGGGAUCGAGCCCAUGGUAACACUGUUCCACUGGGACCUGCCUCAGGCCCUGCAGGAUCACGGCGGAUGGCAGAAUGAGAGAGUGGUGGAUGCCUUCCUGGAUUAUGCCGCCUUCUGCUUCUCUACUUUUGGGGACCGUGUGAAGUUGUGGGUGACCUUCCACGAGCCAUGGGUGAUAAGCUAUGCAGGCUAUGGCACCGGCCAACAUGCUCCGGGCAUUUCUGACCCAGGAGUAGCCUCUUUUAAGGUGGCUCACUCGAUCCUCAAGGCUCACGCCAGAACCUGGCACCACUACGACCGUCAGCAUCGCCUGCAGCAGCAGGGGCGUGUGGGCAUAGUGCUGAACUCACACUGGGCAGAGCCCCUGUCUCCAGAGAGACCUGAGGACCUGAUAGCCUCUGAGCGCUUCUUGCACUUCAUGCUGGGCUGGUUUGCACACCCCAUCUUUGUGGAUGGAGACUACCCUGCCACUCUGAAGGCUCAGAUUCAACAGAUAAACAAACAGUGUCCCCAGCCUAUGGCCCAGCUCCCUGAAUUCACCGAGGCCGAGAAGCAGCUCCUAAAGGGCUCUGCCGACUUUCUGGGCCUGUCACAUUACACCUCCCGCCUCAUCAGCAAGGCCCAACAAGUCACCUGCAUCCCCAGCUAUGAUAAUAUCGGAGGUUUCUCCCAACAUGUGGACCCUGCAUGGCCCCAAACUUCCUCUCCUUGGAUUCGCAUAGUGCCCUGGGGUAUAAGGAGGCUGUUGCGGUUUGUGUCCCUGGAAUACACGAGAGGAAGAGUUCCCAUCUACCUGGCUGGGAAUGGCAUGCCCAUAGGAGAGAAUGAAGAUCUCUUUGAUGAUUCUUUGAGAGUGGAUUACUUCAACCAGUAUAUCAAUGAGGUGCUCAAGGCCAUCAAGGAGGAUGCAGUGGAUGUCCGUUCUUAUAUUGCUCGUUCCUUCCUCGAUGGCUUUGAAGGCUCCUCUGGUUACAGCCAGAGAUUCGGGCUGUACCAUGUCGAUUUUAAUGACAGCAGCAAACCAAGGACUCCCAGGAAAUCAGCUUACUUUUUCACCAGCGUCAUUGAAAAAAAUGGUUUCCUCGCCCCAGUAGUAAGAAGACUGCCUCCUUCUAAAACAGCAGACUUCCCCUCCAAGGCCAAAGCUUUCACUUUUCCAUCUGAGGUGCCCUCCAAGGCUAAAGUAGUUUGGGAAAAGUUCUCCAAACAACCUAAGUUUGAAAGAGACUUGUUCUAUCAUGGCACCUUCCGGGAUGACUUUCUGUGGGGCGUGUCCUCUUCAGCCUAUCAAAUCGAAGGAGCUUGGGAUGCUGAUGGCAAAGGCCCCAGCAUUUGGGAUAACUUUACUCAUACUCCAGGGAACAAUGUGAAAGACAAUGCCAAUGGAGACAUAGCCUGUGACAGUUAUAACAAACUGGAUGCGGAUCUGAAUAUGCUUCGAACUUUGAAGGUGAAGGCCUAUCGCUUCUCCAUCUCCUGGUCUCGGAUUUUCCCAACUGGGAGAAUCGACUCUGUCAACGCUCAUGGUGUCAAUUACUACAACAGGCUGAUCGAUGGUUUGGUAGCAAGCAACAUCUCUCCCAUGGUAACACUGUUUCACUGGGACCUGCCCCAGGCCCUCCAGGAUAUUGGAGGCUGGGAGAAUCCGUCCUUGAUUGAGUUGUUUGACAGCUAUGCAGACUUCUGUUUCCAGACAUUCGGUGACAGAGUCAAAUUCUGGAUGACCUUUAAUGAGCCCACGUUCCAGGCAUGGUUGGGUUACGGCAUAGGAGAAUUUCCCCCGAAUGUGCAGGACCCAGGAUGGACACCUUACAGGGUUGCCCAUGCAGUCAUCAAAGCUCACGCCAGAGUCUAUCACACUUACGAUGAGAAAUACCGGCAGGAGCAGAAGGGGGUCAUCUCACUGAGCCUUAGUGCACACUGGGCAGAACCCAAGUCACUAGGGAUCCCAAGAGAUGUAGAAGCAGCUGACCGAAUGCUACAGUUCUCCCUGGGCUGGUUUGCCCAUCCCAUUUUUAGGAACGGAGACUAUCCCGAUGCCAUGAAGUGGAAAGUGGGGAAUAGGAGUGAACUACAACACUUGGCCAGCUCCCGCCUGCCCAGCUUCACCGAGGAGGAGAAGGCAUACAUCAGGGGUACGGCCGAUGUCUUCUGCCUCAACACCUACUCGUCCAAAAUCGUGCAGCACAAAACAACCAGGCUAGACCCACCCUCCUACGAAGAUGACCAGGAGAUCACCGAGGAGGUGGACCCUUCAUGGACUGCCACGGCAAUGAACCCAGCCGUGCCCUGGGGGACACGGAGACUGCUGAAUUGGAUCAAGGAAGAAUAUGGUGAUAUACCCAUUUACAUCACAGAAAAUGGAGUGGGGCUGUCAAAUCCAGCAGUGGAAGACACCGAUAGGAUAUUUUACCACAAAACCUAUAUCAAUGAAGCUUUGAAAGCCUACAGGCUGGAUGGCGUAGACCUUCGAGGGUAUUCUGUCUGGUCUCUGAUGGACAACUUUGAGUGGCUGUUUGGCUACACAGUCAAAUUCGGACUGUACCACGUUGACUUCAAUGACACGAACAGGCUUCGCACAGCAAGAGCCUCAGCCAAGUACUACACAGAGGUCAUUACCAACAAUGGCAUGCCACUGCCCAAAGAGGAUGAAUUCCUAUACGGACAGUUUCCAGAGGGCUUCAUCUGGAGUACAGCAUCUGCUGCGUAUCAGAUCGAAGGUGCAUGGAGAGCAGAUGGCAAAGGACUUAGUAUUUGGGACACAUUUUCUCACACACCACUGAAGAUUGAGAAUGAUGACAAUGGAGAUGUGGCCUGUGACAGUUAUCACAAGAUUGCUGAGGAUGUGGUCGCCCUGAAGAAUCUGGGUGUAUCCCACUAUCGUUUUUCUAUAUCCUGGACUCGCAUCCUCCCUGAUGGAACCACCAAGUACAUCAAUGAAGCAGGCCUGAACUACUAUGAGCGGCUAAUUGAUGCACUGCUGGCUGCCAACAUCCAGCCCCAGGUGACCCUGUACCACUGGGACCUGCCUCAGGCGCUUCAAGAUGUUGGAGGCUGGCAGAAUGAGACCAUUGUGCAGCGGUUUAAGGAGUAUGCAGAUGUGCUUUUCCAGAGGCUGGGAGACAAGGUGAAAUUUUGGAUCACGCUGAAUGAGCCCUAUGUCAUUGCUUUCCAAGGCUAUGGCAGUGGGACAGGAGCACCAGGAAUCUCCUCUGACACUGCUCCCUACAUUGCUGGCCACAACCUAAUAAAGUCUCAUUCCGAGGUCUGGCAUCUGUACAAUGAUGUGUACCGCGCCCAGCAAGGUGGCAUUAUUUCCAUCACCAUCAACAGUGACUGGGCUGAGCCCAGGGACCCCUCCAACCAGGAGGAUGUGGAGGCAGCCAGAAGAUAUGUUGAGUUUAUGGGAGGCUGGUUUGCACAUCCUAUUUUCAAGAAUGGAGAUUACCAUGAUGUGAUGAAGACUCGAAUCCGUGAGAGGAGCUUGGCAGCAGGACUCAACAAGUCUCGGCUCCCAGAGUUUACUGAGAGUGAGAAGAGGAGGAUCAAUGGCACCUAUGACUUUUUUGGGUUCAAUCACUAUACCACCGUCCUAGCCUACAACCUUGAUUAUCCUCCUAACGUAUCUUCCUUGAAUGCAGACAGGGGAGUUGCCACAAUUGCCGACCCUACUUGGCCAGAAUCUGGCUCCUUCUGGCUGAAGAUGACACCUUUUGGCUUUAGAAGGAUCCUUAACUGGUUAAAGGAGGAGUACAACAAUCCUCCAAUUUAUGUAACAGAGAACGGAGUGUCCCAGAGGGAAGAGACAGACCUCAAUGACACCACAAGGAUCUACUACCUUCGCAGUUAUAUUGAUGAGGCCCUUAAAGCCGUGCAGGAUAAGGUGGACCUUCGAGGAUACACGGUUUGGAGUUUGAUGGACAACUUCGAGUGGGCCACGGGCUAUGCAGAGAGGUUUGGUGUACAUUUUGUGAACUACACUGACCCUUCUCUGCCAAGGAUCCCCAAAGCAUCAGCCAGCUUCUAUGCCUCCGUAGUUCGAUGCAAUGGCUUCCCUGACCCUGCGGCAGGACCCCACCCUUGUCUCCACCAGCCAGAAGAUGUUGGGCCCACCUUCAGCCCAGUGAGAGAGGGAGAGGAGGUCCAGUUCCUGGGGCUGACUCUCAGCAUCACGGAGGCGCAGACAGCUUUGUAUGUGCUCUUUUCUCUUAUGCUUCUUGGAGUCUGUGGCUUGGCAUUUCUGUCAUACAAAUACUGCAAACGCUCCAAGCAAGGAAAAACACCAACCCAACAGGAAUUGAGUAAAAUCUCUUCAUUCUGACAAGUCACCACUUCCCAUACUCUGCAAAGUAGGCCUUCUUUCUUGAUAUGUCUUUGCCAGCACCAAGCUCCAUAAGGUAUUGUAUUCUGCCCAUAUUGGACUUCUUCAUUAAGGCCUUCUAUACUGUCAGAGAUGACCUCAACCUUGACUGGACUUUGAGUUCCUGAUUAAAAUGGAAUUACCUGCAUCUUGCCACAGUCUUGGAAAUUCAUCUGAAUGUUAGAGUAGCUCACAGGUGGUUCUUGUGGAAAAGUGCAGAUACUGGUCUGUUGUAUCCUUGAGUUUUUGAAGAUGGAAUCAUGAGUAAAAACCGUAAAAAUCCUUUUUAGAAGAAAUCAAACCUACUGUACAGAAUAACUAUGAUAUCAUAUCGCCCUCUCCAAGUUCUCUGAGCCUUAUAAUUUUCCUCAGAAAAUAAAAAACUAUUCUAUGCA